CUGCCACUUCAUGAACGGUCGAUGCAUGCAAUAUGCGGGACAACCCAAACGCGACUUGAUGAUGGAAAAGUAGCCGGCCUUUGAUUACACGAUUCCUCUUCCCCCGACGGCUCGGUCAAAAGCGGAGCACAUCGGCAAAACACUGAUGAGGUCGUUCAGUGGUCUGUCGGGCUUCCAAAUCUGGGUUCACCACCUCGACAUCUCAUCACCGUUUGCCGUCGACAGUUCACCAUGACCAUCUUCUCCUGACAUCGAAUAUCAACAUUUCAUUUCCGAGUGAUGAGUCUAUAUUCCCGUCCAUUCCAUCAUGCCCCAGCUGCCACGCGAAAAUGCGCGCCUCUGGUUCUUCCUCUUCCUCGUCCUGGUGACGCUCAUGUCACGAAAUGACGCUCCCGGCCUGAUCGCAGCUCCCUUCUUCGGCGCGCCCCGCCUCGGCCGCCUAUGGGCCGCCCACAGCAUCUUGAACAGCACCGAGUGGGGCGACUUCUCUCCGGGGGCAGCAAAGGAUGGUGCUCCCCCGUGGGAGGCACCGCGCUAUCUCAACUUGACGGGAUUCCGGGAGACGGACGGCUAUGUGUGGGGUGAUCUCGACUACUUCAAGGAUCGGUGCCGGCAAUGGAGUCGCCAUGCCUAUCCGCCGCCGAAAGGGGCUGGCGAUUGGGCGCACGGUCAUGUGUGGAAGACUUGGCAGAACGCCACGGGCACCGUGCAGGGCAAAUGGGUGCGGAGGCCGGGCUCGGUGACCAAGCACGCGAGGAGCUAUAACCUGAGCGCGAUAGCGCCGGGGGUACACUGGGUUGACGACGAUGAUGCGUGGGGCUGGAACGUGACCGGCUCGCAUGGGACCAUCCUGUUGCGGCUGUCAGAAGAUGCCAGCGACCCCGUGUAUGAGGAGAAAGAAGGCGACGACAAACGGCGGUCCUCAGGGCGCAUGGCGCGAUCGAUCUCGGUCGAGGCCACAAUCCAAGACGAAGACCACUCGGCGUCCAGCUUUGUCGUGAAGCUCUACGGUGUUCACUGGCCGAGACAGGGAUCGAUCCUCCUCACCACGACAACCGAGAAGUUUUCUGGCAUUUUCGGUCUGCCUCACCUCGCCCCCAGCCCAGAGUUCUAUCGCUCGGGCCAGAUGUUGCUGAACCGAACAGUGGGUGAGGUCUUGAGCAGGAAAGAGCAAAGCAGGUUCGCCGACGCGAGCAACCCAUGGACGCCCUUGGUUGAGGAGGAAGUCUCUGUUCCAGUGCCGCGCUGCGAGUACGUCAUGUACCUGCAGCUACACCCACUCGACCCUCGCUUCAUAGGAAAGGACGGGGUUGACAACAAGUUCGUCCCUCUGAUAGACCAGAUGGAGAGAGAGCUUCGGUUCCCAACCGGAGCACCCUCGAGAGGCAAGGCGGAGUUGCGUAUGUCGCUCGUCGCCUGGUCUCCGGACUGCGGGUAUUACCUCGAGUCCAAGGGCCCGCCGCUCUUUCCGUCGGUGGAGGGAAACCACCUGGUUGGGGUAAAGUCAGAGGUGCUGCUUUCACGGACGAAAUCCUGGAUGUUCGCGUUCGCUGCUGUUUUGAUGGCGCAGCUGUGGCUGUUGAAGGUGCAGAUGAGGGAGUCCAACACGCCCUCUACCCUGGCGCGUAUCAGCUUCCACACGGUGGCCGUGAUGCUCCUGGCAGAUGGGCUAAUCUUUGCGUGCUCGACAACCUGGAGCCUCUCCGCGUCCAACACGUUCCUCCCCUCGCUCAUACUCACCUUUGCCGCCUUCAUGUCCAUGACACUUGGGGCAGGGUUCUUGUCCGAGAUAUACAAGCACCAAGAACCAGAACGCAGGCGCGAGCAGGCCCGAGCCGCUGAUACCGCCAGCCCGCGAACAACCCCAGCCGCCCCGGCGUCGACCACCGCAACAACCCCGGGCACCGUCCCCCCUCCGGCGCCCAACACCGCAACCCGGCCUCCGUCGCCGCCCAUCAUCAUCCCUUCCGACCAAGACAUCGACGCGGAAAUAGCCGAGAACACAGCCAGGGGCGCCGCUGCACUCCCCACCCCGGCCACUGCUACAACCACAGCGGCCGGCCCGUUCCAAGCCCCGGAUGUAGGCACCUUCGCCUCGAUAACAGGCGUCUUCGUUCUCGUGGGAAUCGCCAUCCUCCUCCUCAUAGCCGUGUCCCUCUCCUGGCCGCCCCGUGCCCGCUCGCUCUUCUUCCACUUCCUCGCCUUUGCCUACCUGUCCCUCUGGAUCCCGCAGAUCCGGCGCAACGUCUGGCGCAACAGCCGUCGGGCCUUUUCCUGGCGGUUCAUUGUCGGUCAGUCGGUCCUGCGGCUGGCGCCGUUUGCGUAUUUUUACCUGAGGGAGGACAACAUCCUGUUCGUGGAGACAGACGUGACGGCGUUUCUGGUGCUGGUCGGGUGGGUGUGGUGCCAGCUCGUGGCGCUGGCCGUGCAGGACGUGCUGGGGCCGAGGUUCGGGCUGCCGAAGAGCUGGAUGCCCGAAGUCUGGGAGUAUCACCCGGUGCUGAGGGAGAGUGAUGUGGAGGCGGGAGGCUUGCCGAUCGGGUUGGUCGCUUCAUUGUCAUCGCCGUACGGUGGUGAAGAAGGGGACGGGAGCGGGAGCGCGGCGGGUUCGCCCGUUGUCACGACGGCGGGGAGGACGAGGAGCUGGUCUGCCGGAUCGUCGUCGGGCGAGGUUGGGGCGCAGAGGAGGGAGAGGGCCAAGGAGCUGGAGAGGCAUGGUAUGAUGCUGAGGGAGAUUGAUUGCGCGAUUUGCACCGAGGUGUUGGAGGUGCCUGUUGUGCGAGCCAAUGCGAGGGAUCCGUCGGCGGCAGGCGGUCUGUCCGGGGUCCUCGCGAGACGGGCGUACAUGGUCACGCCGUGUCGGCAUAUCUUCCAUACCAAGUGUCUGGAGGGUUGGUUCCGGUACAAGCUGCAGUGCCCGAUCUGUCGGGAGGAGCUGCCACCACUCUGAAGUGCGUGAGGGCUAGCUGAGUGUCGAUCCGGAUAGGGGGAUGUUUGGCACGGCGGGAAUGGAGCACAAGUAGUCCCUGAACUAGUCUAGUAAUAUAUAUAUGUAAUGUUGUGUACACUCAUUGUCAGAGAGCGAGUCUACAAUGCGGUCACGGAGCCUUGCUUUCUCGGCGGCCGCUAAUCCACCCAGCGCCGGUGGUCCACCAAGGCCACUAGAACCCUUUAAAGCCGUUAGAUAGGUAUGCGGCAUGUACAGUAACUGCAAGUCAACAUAGGUGCAUGUCCAGGGCCAGAUUUGUCGGAACUUUGGCCUCAGCUCAGGUACUCUCGCUUCUCUGCAAUCGCUUUGUGUGAGUGUGGAAGAUUU